UGCGGAAGAGAAAAUAAAGUAAAAAGAAGCAAACGUUGGAAACAUACGUAUUGAUUGUGGAAGGGAUAUGCGAGAAAAUCUGAAAGAAUGAACAUGCUCAAAAGUUAUACAGCGCACUUUGGAAAAUGGACUUCUUCAAGAAUCGUUAUUAUAAUAUUAACAAAGCAUUAAUGUACGUCAUUGGUAUUUGGCAUUAUCAAAAUUCUAUAAGAACUUUUCAAAUGAUCUUGAGCUAUACGAUUUUAAACAUCACUACAACAGUUUUGAUAAAGAUGGAAAUAUUUGAGAAUAUGGAUGAUACAAUAGUAUGUAUCAUCCACCUUAUAGAAGAGUUGACCGUGGUAUUUAGUUUCCGAAAAGAUAUAAAAAUCAGUGAUAAUAAUAUUAAUGAGAAGUCAAAAAUUAUGUUACUUGGAAGUAUUAAAAACUUCGAUGUCCUAUGCAACGUUUUAAAAUUAGAAUUCACUUUGAAUGGAUAUUACGAGCAUUCGACAUGCUCCGUAAAAAUAUCUCAAACUAAAGAAGGAGCAAUGAUCAUAGUAUUCGGAUCUGUCUAUGCCAUCUCACUUUUAACUCUAUUACCAAUGUUAUUAAAUGUUGUUGCGCCGUUAAACGAAUCACGUCUCUACGAGAUUCCGUUUCCAGUGGAAGUCUUUUUUGAUACUACUAAAUACUUUCAUACAACUUUUUUUUUAAUAUUCUUUCUGCUAAAUAUUAUGGGAUGUGUAUCGAUAGGAAUAUACAGUUUAAUUCUGAUGAUUUUACAACAUUGUAGCGGAUUAUUUGAACUCGUCGGAUACAUUUGGGAAAAUUCAGUUGAGGAUAAAAAAGAAAUUUUCACAAAUAAAGAGAAUAAGAAAAUUUAUAAGAGAAUAAUACGUGGUGUGUGGUUUCAUAAAAGAACAAUCAAAUAUUAAAUACUAAGUUAAAGUUGGAAAAUUUCAAGGAAAUUAUCACUUGUAUGAUGCAUAUAAUAGGAAACAUAGCCUGGGCAUUUAUAAACUGUUAUUUUGGACAAAAA